GUGAAGCAUUUCAGCUAUUUGUACGUCGGUCGGGUCUGGAAUUGAAGGGCGAUGACAAAUUAAGACUAGUUCAAUCACAGCUCACAAUUAAUGUCUACCCAGUGUGUUUCUCGUGUUUCUCCUUUAAAUGGUUUUCAUCGGCAAAAUGGAUUAAUUGAUUCACACGUGUUGCCUUUAAAUGUGGCGGUGUCGGUGGUUCAGUCCCUAUUCUCGGCGGUGCCGUUAUUGCGCGAGCAGAUCGCAGAAUCGACGGCGCACGGGUUCGCGCGCGUGGCGUGUUCUAAAAGUGGACUGCUGAACGUCAGCACCGUUGUCACCUCCCGGGCGAACUCACUGAGGAGAUGCACUGGGGAAAGCCGCGAGUGAAUGUCCGUCAAACUGAUCCGCCAGAGACGUAUGCCGUGAACCAAGAGUUAAGUUUGGUGCUGUCCGUGGUCCUGAAGGUCAGUCGAUGACACUGACUCUGUCCAUGGUCCUGAAGGCUGAAGCAGGACAUUUCCCCCAAGGAUUCUGUUCAUGGAUUUUGCCCGCAUGCAGUCUUGCGCGCUCCAAUCGUCUUCAUUAGAGGCCAGAGCGGGUGGGCGGACUGACAGGUGACUCUGAGGAGCGACGCAGAUGGGAGAGGUUGCCUAGAAACGGCCAGGAAAUGGCGUGGUGCAACGACAGCUCCCCGGAGGCCUGUUUUCGGACGGAGCUGAACGCCACCGACGGCCCGCCGCCCGGCGACCGCGCCCUGAUGCCGGUCACGCUCAGGGUGGCGCUGGCCGCCGUCAUGAUCUUCAUGAUCGCCAUCGGCUUCCUGGGCAACGCCAUCGUCUGCCUGAUCGUGUACCAGAAGCCGGCCAUGCGCUCGGCCAUCAACCUGCUGCUGGCCACCCUGGCCUUCUCCGACAUCAUGCUGUCGCUGCUCUGCAUGCCCUUCACCGCCGUCACCGUGGUGACCGUCCACUGGCAGUUCGGCGGGGACUUCUGCCGCGCCUCCGUCAUGCUCUACUGGUUCUUCGUCCUGGAGGGCGUGUCCAUCCUGCUGAUCAUCAGCGUGGACCGCUUCCUGAUCAUCGUGCAGCGGCAGGACAAGCUGACGCCGCACCGCGCCAAGGUGAUGAUCGCCGCCUCCUGGGCGCUGUCCUUCAGCGUGGCGCUGCCCUCGGUGGCGGGCUGGACGGCCGUGGAGGUGCCCGCGCGGGCGCCCCAGUGCGUGCCGGGCUACAGCGAGUCCCUGGCGGACCGCGGCUACGCCGUGCUGCUGGCGGUGGCGGUGUUCUUUGUGCCGUUCGGCGUCAUGCUGUACUCCUACCUCUGCAUCCUCAACACGGUGCGGCGGAACGCCCUGCGCAUCCACAACCACGCCGACACCCUCUGCCUCAACCAGGUCAGCAAGCUGGGCCUGACCGGCCUGCAGCGCCCCCCGCAGGUCAACGUGGACAUGAGCUUCAAGACGCGGGCCUUCACCACCAUCCUCAUCCUCUUCAUCGGCUUCUCGGUGUGCUGGCUGCCGCACACGGUGGUCAGCCUGCUGGCCGUCUUCAGCCGCCGGUUCUACUUCAGCGCGUCCUUCUACCCCGUCAGCGUCGGGGUGCUGUGGCUCAGCUACCUGAAGACCGUCUUCAACCCCAUCAUCUACUGCUGGAGGAUCCGCAAGUUCCGCGAGGCCUGCCUGGAGUUCAUGCCCAAGACCUGCCGCAUCUUCCCCAGGGUCCCCGGCCGCAGCCGGCGAAGGAUCCGGCCCAGCAACAUCUACGUGUGCAGCGAGAUCCAGUCAGCCGUGUGAGGCUGAGCCGCCCGUGCGAGCAAAAACCGCUCGCUUGGUUACCUCACACACCUGGCAAACACUCCCCCCCCUCCAUCUGUCAUACACCUGCACCCUCCCAUUUUAAUGUCACGCACCUUCCCUUUCGUCCUUCAUACACCUGAACAUUCACCAGCCUCUUCUCACACACCUCCCUCCCCUCACACACCUGUCUCCCUCACACACCUGUCUCCCCUCACACA